AAAACGAGCUGACUUUUCUCCCGAGCAACAUGUUUGAAAAUUCGACAGAAAUCGGAACACUUCGACUUUCCAACAACAAAAUCGAUUCUGCAGGCCUGCCAGAGGAUACGUUUCACAACACAACAAUAAAUUCUCUGGAUUUGUCGUCCAAUCGACUGACUUCUAUUCCAACUGGACUUUUCCGGUCGCAGACUGGUCUUCGACAUAUCUACUUACAGCGGAACAAAAUCAGUGUCCUGCAUGAUAAGGUGUUUGCAGGACUUCGCUCUCUAGAAGAACUGAUGAUAUUUGACAACCCACUCACUGCAUUAGUGGACUGGCUGUUUUACGAGACUCAACUGGCAAAUCUGUACAUAUUCCAGACCGAACUGUCGUCGAUAGGGGAGCGGCCAUUUGCGACCAUGAACCACACUCUCCAAUAUGUAUCAUUGUACGGCAGUCGCUUGAGGAUGAUUUCGGAUGCUGUCUGGCAAGACCUGGAUAACCACUGUUACGUAGCAAUCGAGAACAUUUUGGAGUUCGCACCAGUCACAAACAGAACUGACCUCAAAAUCGAAUUAGUUGGUGACGGAUUCGCCCAGUCAAUAAAUGUGACGCGUGAUCUGGCCGACAUAUUAAGCAUUUCGGGAUUUAAGUGUGACAAGCCCAAGACUGUGGAUUGGGAUUGUAAGCCCUGCCCACAGGGCACAUACGGAAACUCCUGGUAUAACAACAGCUGUACUGCAUGCCCUCCAGGGGGCUUUUACCAAAUCAAGACGGGGCAAGUGGCUGACCCCUCUCAAAGUAUCAACUGUCAGAGAUGCAACAAUGGCACCUACGUAACGCCUGAGGCGCACCCUGGUACCAGUCCUGCGAAUUGCACGGUGUGUCCUACGGGUACCAAUAAGAACCUUCACGCUGGCUUCCGAGCCUGUCCGUGUCUGCAUGACUACUACCGUACUGACCGCUUCGGUGAAUGCAAUCCAUGUCCGACUGAAGGAGUCAACUGCUCAGAUGAAUAUCAACACCUACUGCCUGGCUUCUGGUGGACCUGGGACUGGGGUUUAUCGGAUGAUAACUACCUAUCCUACGAGCGAUUUGUCCAAAAUGUGCGCACUGAAGAUCUCGACUAUGACAACACAAGCAAGCGGUUUGGGGGCGUGUUACCCAAAGUGCAUAAAUGUACUCGCAGUGAGUCGUGCGUGAAUGCUGUGCUGGGCGGUAUCAACGCAACAUGCGAGGAAGGCUACACGGGUUGGCUUUGCUCCCAAUGCAGUCUUUACUAUUACCCAUGGUUCGAUCACUGCUUCGAGUGUCCCAAAUGGUGGUGGUUCCUGCUUGAAGUCAUUGCUGUAUGCAUGGCCAUUGCUCUGAUUGUCAUCAUCAUAGCUUGGCAGGUGCGAAAGGUCAGAAGAAGCGGUCGGUCUGCCGUCAGCAUGCUGCUUGCUCGAGGGAAGAUCCUACUGGGUUUCUACCAGGUCAUGGGGGAGAUAUUCUCAGCGCUGGAUGAAAUUGCCUGGCCGAAUAUAUUAACGAGCGUUGGCUCUGUCUUUAGACUGUUGGAGGUGAACAUCAUGCGGUUGUUUAUCAGUCCAAGAUGUUAUGUUCCCAACUUCACUUAUCCUAACAUUUACAUUGAGUUCUUGGCCGGCAUUAGUUUUGUGGUGUUCGUUCCGCUUGCAGCCUGGUGUUUUUACAAAUCUAAGAUGUGUUACCUGAAAGCAAAGAAAACAUCUUUUGUGAAACAAACGGCUCUUCUAUCGCAGACCAAGCAGAGGUGUUACUUGUUUGUGGUGAUACUGCUCUUUAUUUCCUAUCCCAGCCUGUCUAGUGUUAUCAUCACGUUAUUGCCCUCUGGGUGUCACGUCUUUUACGUGGACGAAAACAACACCCUCAAUGUGACCAGACUUCGAGCUGAUUACUCGAUCGAUUGCCAAACAGAGCAGCAUGUUCAAUUCAACUACGCAGCUGAGGUCUUCCUCUUCUACGUUGUUGGGUUUCCCUUGGUGUUGUUUCUCCUCUUGUGGUGGAACAUCAGAAAACGGAAGAAGACCGGGGCUGUCGGUGGUAGACAGGAAAGUGAGGAUCAGUAUUUGCUCCAUACUGCUAGUCGAUGUCGUUUGAAUGCCGGUUCUGUCGCCAGUUACAGAAACGAGGUGCCUGAUGAGACAGACGAUGAAAUCAUACAAACGGGGCCGCCAAGUCAGGCUGAAUUCAAUUGGGAGAGUUUCCUGUGUGAGAAUUACAAGCCAAGGUUCUGGUACUGGGAGAUUCUGGAGCUGGCGCGUAAGAUUGUCCAGACGCUGUUUGUGCUGUUAUACGGGCCCGACGAUCACUUCACCAUGUUCGCCACCAUAGUCAUAUCGGUGGGCUUUCUGCUCCUGCAUGCUUACGUCAAACCCAUGAAGGUUGCUGCCGAGCAUCGUCUGCAGAUGUGCUCGCUUGGUACCAUCUUCCUGAACCUGUUGGCUGCGUCGCUGCUUCUGUUGCCGAGCGAGGAUGCUCAAUCAAGCCAGAAUAGAAAGGAUGUCCUUUCUGUUAUUCUUGUGCUGAUGAACCUCAGUGUCAUCGUAUUUGUCAUUGCUAGCUUGAUCUGGACCGGCGUGAAGGCUAUAUGGCGUCAUGGCUGCUUGCAUCGCUUAGGAUCGUGCAUCGCUGGGGCGUGGGCUGGUGUUACAUGUUGUGGACCUCGCCAUCGUGGGCUGGAGGUGAACAGCAAUGUCUACGAUGGCAACGACGAACAGGAUUCAUACACAAAGACAUACAACUUUGAAUACUAGACCUGAUUGUGUAGGUUUCACAUGCAAUUUAGAGUCAACCGAAUGCAGUGCAAAGGGGCUCCUUAAUAGUGCUUCCUGAAGAACAGUUGAUAGUAAUUACUCAAGAACAGUUGAUUGUCACAUCUAAAAAACAAUUGAUAUUAAUUCCUCAAG